AUGCAUGUCAGAUCUGUUCGGGCUCGAUGUUCCAACAAGCACAGCUUGCUCAUGCAAAACACCCUGGUGGUGGCGACGACAGAUGCUCACGACCAGGCCUCCUUCAGCAUGGCGAUGGCGCUGCUAAGACGAACGGACUGGACGAGCAUGAGAGAACGAGAUUGCGAGGGAGAGAUGUGGCAGAGCAGGUCUGAGCCGAUUAUUCUGAUCUUGCUGGCCUUGAUUCUUUCCUUCGUGUACAGCAAACGAUCAAACGUGUUCAUGUGGCUGCUAGAAGAUGGUUUGGUGCGCAAUGAUCACAUCGAUCGGCGCUUUCAAGAGAUCACCGGGGUUCAGCCAGAUGACGUGCUCUUCCUUAGCCGCCAUGCGUCUGCCUCUGGUUCUCCUGCUCUUACUGUCCAUCCCAUUGGUAACCCUGGACGAGCGGAGGCUGAAGCCGGAGGCAUCCCUAACCGGUGCCCACCUCCCUCCCCAAGACUCGCAUCUCUGUACCGGUCUUUGUACAAGAAGACCGCCGCGUCAGAUCUCAAGGGCCACUUUGAUGUCUCGCUUGAGGGUACGCAUCAUGGCCCCUGGCUAACCACUCCAUCCUUGUUCGCCGAAAUAGGCAGGAUGACGAUAAGCUUGCUCGCUCGCCCUCACACGUUGAUGAACUCAGGGAGCACGGAGUCGGAGUGGACACGCCAGGAUGCUGCAAUGCAUUGGGCGGACGUGCUGGUAGAAGAGCUGAGGAUAGAGGGAGGAGACGAGGAAGGAGAACAGCUAUCAGCAGAAGACAAGGCAAUAGUUGUUGUGGGGCUGGGAGGAGGACAUUAUGCACCCAGACACGGCGAUGUGGCGAGGAAAGAUGGCGUUUUCCUCGGCCACAUCCUCCCAAGCUACACUCUUGACUUCUCCUCCUCCGAAUGGAAGAGCACAGUGCUGGAAGCCAUCGACUCCUCUGCCUCCGCGUUCGAACGAGCUGGGCGAGCUGUGGAUGUCGUCUGUCACCUAGACAAGAAAGCUUUCCGGUCUGCGGAUAGAGAGAUGCUCAAGCACCUGCUGGUGUCUCAUGGCUACCAUGUUGCGAUGAGUCCAGCUGAGGCAGACAAGAUCGUCAGAGGAGCAAGAGAAGAGCUCUCAGUUUCCCCGUGA